UUUUAUUUUAUUAAUUUCUAUUGUUUUUAAAAAAAAUAUAUUGAAUAACCAAUGCACCUAUGACUCAUCUAUUUCCCACUAAUAAAUAUGUAUAUUUACUACAUAAAUUAUAAUUAAUUAAACAUGUGUGGCACAAUUCUUACGCAACGUGUACAUGACAAUAAGGUCGAACCCAUACUCCACGCCAAACAUAACAUAAUUCCUCACCUUCCAUUCAUAGAAAACUUCACUGCCCUAAUUUCUCAGCUUCCAACUGUAAUCCAUCGAGCUCAGAAAAAUGCCCAAUCUGCCGCUCGAGCUCAUCGAGGACAUCCUCCUGCGCCUCCCCGUGAAAUCCCUCAAGCGGUUUCGCUCCGUCGUGAAAUCGUGGUGUUCUCUGAUAGACAGCGAAAGUUUCGCCAAGUCCCACCUGCGCCGGUCGCUGGCUUCGAAUUCCCACCGCCGGCUCAUCCUCGGUGGUCUCGGCCUUUACUCUGUCGAUUUGGAUACCCUUGACAGGGCCGAGAUCAUCAAACCCCCAUUUUACUACAAGAGCGUGGACGAGAUCUCCAACUCCUGCAAUGGCAUAGUUCUCGUGAUGAGCGAGCCUCCUGUCCUGUGGAACCCUUACUCGAGGGACUACAAGGUUUUGCCGGAGACUUCUGCUGAAGCUCCAUCAGGGUUGGAAUCAUACUCCAGAACCACUUACGGGUUGGGGUACGAUUCGAGAAACGACGAUUACAAGGUGAUUAGGCUUGUUGAGUUUAGGAACGGGUUGACUCAUGAUUGGGUGCAAUCGGACGCUAGGGUCUAUGGCCUGAGAUCGAGUUGUUGGCGGAAAAUCGAGGGUUUUCCGUACCCGCUGCCUUUCCUGAAAGGUCAGUGGCGUGCUCACGUUAAUGGCGCCCUGCAUACUUUAGUGGUGGAACCUGGUAGUGUGUACGUGGGGAAAAUCAUGGCCUUUAGUGUCGAGAGUGAGACGCAUUACGAGGUGUCCAUGCCUUCUGGGAUCAAGAGUAUGAAUGCCGAUGUGAGUUUGGAUGUGAUCGGAGGGUUUCUUUCUCUGGCUUGUAAUUACAAGUACCGAAGUGUCAUUUGGGUGAUGAGAGAGUAUGGAGUGAGGGAAUCAUGGUCUAAAUUGCUCACGGUUUGUCCACCGGCGAUCGAGCCCCGUGAUUUUGUGAAGCCACUUCUGUACUCCAGGGAAGGUGAUAAGGUUCUGCUGAGUUGCGAUGAUAAGAGGCUCGUUUGGUAUGAUGUGGAAAAGAAAACCACUGAGCUUGUUUCGGUUGACGGUAUGCCUUUCGUGUUCUAUGCUGAGCCAUGUGUCGAGAGCCUUUUUUCGUUUAGCAGGCCGGAUGAGGUCAAGAAAUUGGGAAAAGAGAAAUUCAAGGCAAAGAAGAUCAGGAAUAAAAGAUUCCCAUUAGCAGAUCAUUCCAACAUUUCUAAUAUUCUUGAUCUGUUUGUUGAUUUGAAUUUUGUUAAUAUAUGGAUACAGGAUAGCAAGAGUUGGGUGGAGAAGGCUUUUGUAGCUGUUGAUGUGCUGCUUAGCUGUUGUAGACGACAUGGAAAAACUAGUGUUUGUGGGGAAGGCUUCCCCAGUGUCCAGCAAUUUCUCAACUGGGUGAUGAUGUGGGGUUUUCUUCUGUUCAGUCUCCAUAAAAGUCCGAAAACCGUUGUGAGAUUUUGGUAA